UGACAAUGAAAGCGCACGGUUCGCUCUACUGCUCUCCGCCCGUCUAUUCCCCUGAAUCCAUUUGUGUACACUAAUAAUCUCCACGGUCGUUCUUGUCUAUAAAUGUGAGAAGUAUUUGUGAUAUUCAUUGAGAUUUCUAGUAUUCCUUACUUUGAUGGACUACCUCCAAUUUACAUUUGUGUACUGUUACGUAUUAUCCAUUCGUUAUCCCCACCAAACUGGUCUACGUUUUCCUCUAUUUUUAUUUCAGACUACUGUGCCCAGUCUUUAGAGCACUGCAAGUAGAAACUUUCUUGGAUCUUAGACUUUAACGUACUAACUGAAGAACAUUCCAAUCUCAUGUCUCACCAAGGAGCUGCACUUCAGAACUAUAAUAAUGAACUUGUUAAAUGCUUUGAAGAGCUUUGUAAGAGACGAGAAGAUUUACAGCGACAGAUUCAACAAGAUGAAACUGAACGCGCUAAACUUCAAAGGGAGAUAAAUGUUCUCAAUGAUAAGCUUAACAGAGUAAAUGAAUCGUUGGAGAAAAAACUAUCCACACGAAAUGAGUAUGACAGAACGAUCGCAGAGUCUGAGGCAGCUUAUAUGAAGAUCCUGGAAAGUUCUCAGACUCUUUUAACUGUCCUAAAAAGGGAAGGUCAAAAUAUUGUCCAAAAGGCAACGGCGAAAAAUGUUCCGUUUUAGAAACUGAAUUCUCCAGUCAUACAAACUUGCAAUAUGUUAAUUAUUUGUAAAUACUGUAUUAUUUACUACUGAAGCUGUUCAUAUAGAUUUUGUCACCGGUCGAUAUUUCAAACUUUCAGUGAUAUUUUCAAGUUGAAUUAUAGUCAUUUUGAUAA